GUUCGUUUUGCGCCUUGUGGCUCCUCCUGUGACAUCGCUCGCGGUCAUAAACUAGUCCUCUACUCCCUGUAACUCCCUUAUUUACCAUAUUGCAUGGAACUGGACUGUAAUGCUCUCUACCGUGAGUGCAGCCGCUCUAUUUUUGCUGGUCGCUUCCACUAUUGUGUCCAUACCUCGAUAUCGUUCGGUUUAGAUAACGGAGAACAAUAUGCUUGGUGACACUGAGAUCCAGGCCCUAGAUAGUCAACUGGCUACUGUUCUGCACGAUAACCAGCAGCAUCAUGAGAAACUUCAGAACCUCUUGCAGCGGUUUCACCUGUUGUUGGACAACUACACCCAAUUGAAAAGCGACUAUGAGGAGGAGAAGGCGGCUCGAGAGAGGUACAAAAAACAAGCAAGGGGACAAGAACGUAACCCGUUUGUGCUGGUGCUGGUGGAUGGCGAUGGUUAUCUUUUCAAAGAUCAUCUCAUCAAGGCCGGGGCAGAAGGAGGUAUCAUUGCAGCUCGACUUUUAAGCGACUCUAUCAGAGAACUCCUUAGCGAUCAACCAGGGAGCCAGGCAGAUCAAUGCCGGAUCAUGGUUCGAAUAUACUCUAACGUCUUAGGACUUUCAAAGAUUUUGGCGCGUGGUGGUCUAGUUGGUAAUGAGGCACGUUCUUUGUCACCAUUCGCCGCCAGUUUCACUCGCUCCCAGGAUCUGUUCGAUUACAUCGACGCGGGUGAUAAGAAAGAAGGCGCAGACUAUAAAAUUAGAGAAAUAUUUCGCCUGUUUGCAGAUAACAAUCAAUGCAAGCAUAUCUUCUUUGCUGGAUGUCACGAUGCUGGCUACCUCUCCUUACUGACCCCUUACCGGGGUAAGGCUGAUCGUAUUACCCUAAUCAAAGCCGCCUCGUUCCAUCCUGAGUAUGAUAGGUUGAACUUGCCCGUGAGGGAGAUUCCAGCAGUCUUCACAUCCACCCCUGUCUCUCCCCCCAUCAGUGGAGAUCAUGUCGUCGCUGCUACUAGACCGGUCUGUAAACAUUUCCAAAAGGGCAUCUGCCGAUUUGGCAAGGAAUGCAAUAAACUUCACGCUAUGCCAAAUCAACAAUUCUCUAAAAAUCUAGAUGAUACCCCGGCACAAUCAUGGAGUCCUGUUAUCAAAGUCCGAGAUCAGGAAUUCUACGCCAAGUUUCUCCCCAGAGUGAGCUCAAAAUCUCAAGAAUUCAUUUCACUCAACAAGGAUGGAGAGCGAAUUGACACCUACUGUCCCAUGCCACCACCAGAGGAAUGGGAGAUUUAUUAUCGACGUGCCAAAAGACAUAAACUCUGCAACAAAUACCAUCUUGGAGGAGAAUGUGGGAAUCUUAAUUGCGAGUUUGAUCACAGCCCGAUAGAAUCGGCUUGUCUCAAUGUGAUGAUGUAUAUCAUGCGGCAGCACCUAUGUUCGAGGGGUGCCAGCUGCCGUUCGAUUAAAUGCUACCUUGGUCACAUGUGCCAAAAGGAAAGCUGCAAGGGCACUAAACCUUGCAAAUUCGGUCGUCAGGCCCAUGUAGUUAGUCUACAAUGGGGGCAGUGGGCCAUACCAAUUGAACAUGAAGAAAACUCACCCGUUAGUGAAAGCCUUUCGGAGGCAAACUCGGACCCGAACAACACCUUCUCAUAUCUUAUGCGAGAUGCGAUCUAGUAAGCCGUAGUGCUCAACUUAGAUCCAUGCCCGAUAUGUAAACAAGGUCAACCAAGCCCUUUUUUACUCAAACUACGCCACGUGUCCACGUGCCACCCCUAUCUUGAAUCAGAGACAACUGAAAACUAUUUACGGAAUCUAUUGGAAAUCUAUCUGGAUCAUGGGAUACGCGGAGGGGACACAUUGCCGCCAUAUUGCUGACACUUAACAUCAAAGGUAGCUUGGGUUCUGCUUUCUUUUCUACGAUAUCUCUUACCACGAGAAGUCUAUACUGCAGAACGAUUUAAGACAGUGCUUACUCUCCAGACCGCUGGGAGUAAUCUUACUGAUCGUGUCAGUAUUGUUCUUAUCAUGUUGCAUUUUCCUCUCCUUCUUGAGCAAUAU